AGCCUCAGUUUACGCGAGCGCGCGCCCGGCCAGCGAGAACGAAUUUAAAAAUAAAACAAUAUAUUUUUUUAAAUCCAGCCAGUAUCACACACCUGUGUACACCACAGAUUAGUAUUAAACUUUUUAAUUUUUCAUAGUGAUGUGAAAAAUGUUCGGAAACAGUGAUAAUGUAAUGAUACAUUUUGUAUUUCGGUGACAAAAUUUUGGCCUCGUGCGGCCUUCCUUAUUAGGAUUUUAGUGGUUCUAAAUGUGUUGUUUGUUCAUGUGUGAGUGAUGAAACGUAGAAAGUGAGGAUUUGGAUUGAACACGAUUAAAUAGUUUAAGGUCAAAAUGGCGGAAGCUCAGGCGGGAGCAACGACCCCUGGUGCUGACAGCGUGGCGGACCCCACAGCUGUGGUAGCGAAGAAGAAGGAGAAGACCCGACCCAGGGGGAAGCCAAUCCCUGAGAGACCAGUGCGCAGUCUGUUUUGUUUGCACAAGGAGAAUAAGUUUAGGGUUUUUUGUAUUGAUAUUGUUGAGUGGAAACCGUUUGAGUAUAUGAUAUUGACGACAAUCUUCGCCAAUUGCAUAGCGUUAGCAGUGUUCACACCGUAUCCGUCCGGAGACACGAAUAAUACUAAUUUGAUAUUGGAACGAGUGGAAUGGGUUUUUAUGGUUAUAUUUACGGGAGAGUGCCUGAUGAAGAUUAUAGCGUAUGGGUUCCUGUUCCAUCCUGGAGCGUAUCUCAGGAAUACCUGGAAUAGUUUGGAUUUUACCAUAGUUACUAUUGGUAUAGCUAGUAAAGCAGUGGAAUAUUUUUCAAAAGACUUAUUUGAUGUGAAAGCUUUGAGAGCUUUUCGGGUGCUACGACCACUUCGGUUGGUCUCCGGUGUGCCAAGUCUACAAAUAGUACUGAACUCCAUUCUCAAGGCCAUGGUACCUCUGUGUCACAUAGCCUUCCUGGUACUCUUCGUCAUCAUCAUCUACGCCAUCAUUGGCCUGGAGCUGUUCUCCGGGGCGUUACAUGUGACUUGUUUCACUAAUACUACUGACAAAGAAAUGAUGGAAGACCCAAACCCCUGCAGUGAUGACGGCAUGGGCUAUAAGUGCGAGGAUGGGUACGUUUGCUCCGAGUACUGGGAGGGGCCCAACUUCGGCAUCACCAAUUUUGACAACAUUGGCUAUGCCAUGUUGACAGUCUUCCAAUGCAUCACCCUUGAGGGAUGGACUGAUAUUAUGUACGCUAUUACGGAUGUUAAAGGCAUCCUAUUUUCCUCCAUUUACUUUGUGACGUUGGUCAUUUUCGGAAACUUUUUCGUCAUGAACCUUAUUCUUGGUGUUUUGUCUGGAGAGUUUUCAAAAGAAAGAGAAAAAGCGAAAAGCAGAGGGGACUUUCAGAAGUCCAGAGAGAGACAGCAAUUUGAGGAAGAUCUAAAGGGUUACCUCAAUUGGAUUACUGUAGCUGAAGAACUUGACUUAGAUCCUAAUUUGAAAGAACAGGACUCGGAUUCACAAGGGAAAAAUGAUCGGAAAAGCAACGAUGGAUCACAGAUAGAAGUCAACGAUCAAGUAUCUCACAGCACUUGUAAAGCUUACUUUAAGAGAUUUGAUAAGGUAAAUCGACGUAUGCGCAGAGCGUGCCGGAAAGCCGUCAAAUCACAAGCGUUCUAUUGGUCAAUAAUUGUGCUGGUCUUCCUGAACACCAUGGUUUUGGCUACUGAACAUUACAGGCAGCGUGCUUGGUUGGAUGAUUUUCAAACCUAUGCCAAUUAUCUUUUCGUAGUUCUUUUCACAAUGGAAAUGUUGGUCAAGAUGUACGCUUUGGGGAUUCAGGGUUAUUUCGUCUCCCUCUUCAACAGAUUUGACUGCUUUGUAAUGUUCUGUUCCAUCGUAGAGUUAGCUCUUACCCUCACUGAAACUAUCCCACAACUGGGUAUCUCCGUGCUGCGUUGUGUUAGACUUCUGAGGGUGUUCAAAGUUACUAAGUACUGGCGCUCCCUAUCCAACCUUGUGGCUUCUCUUCUCAACUCUAUUCAGUCCAUCUUCUCUCUUCUUCUUCUCCUUUUCUUGUUUAUAAUGAUCUUCGCUCUUCUCGGCAUGCAAGUUUUUGGAGGUAAAUUCGAUUAUGCACCAGAAGAACAAAAAGAGAGGCACAACUUUGAUUCGUUCUGGCAAGCUGUGUUGACCAUGUUUCAGAUCUUGACUGGUGAAGACUGGAAUGUAGUAAUGUACCACGGUAUAAAUGCUUACGGCGGUGAGGGUACUCCGGGCAUGUUGGCCUCUAUCUACUUUAUUGUCAUCUUCAUCUGUGGCAACUAUAUUCUAUUGAACGUGUUCUUGGCCAUCGCUGUCGAUAACUUGGGCGAUGCAGAGGAAAUGGACGAAAUUGAGAAGGAAAAAGAAAAGGAGGGUGCAGACAGUCCAGAAGCUGGCAAUCCACAAUUAGAUGAAGAAAGAGGAGAGACUGAUGAUGAGUAUGUGAAUGAAGAAGAAGGAUAUUCUAGUGAGGGAUCAGAGCACGAAUAUGAAGAGACUGGUUCAGAAGAAGAUAUAGAGGCGCAGGAGCACGAUGAGUCGGACAAUGCCAAUGACGCACUCGUCACAAACGAAAAAAAACAAAAUGGUGACAUAAAGAAGGAAGAUUCGAAUUUGAAACGAAAUGAAACUAUAUCUGCUCGCCCUCGCAGGUUGUCUGAAAUAGAAAUGAAGUCCCAAGAGAAACCUAUUCCUGACGGCAGUAGCUUCUUCAUAUUUUCCAAAACGAAUUGGUUUCGUGUGACCUGUUAUAAAAUACAAAACAAUUCUUGGUUCAAGAAUUUGAUCUUGGUUUGCAUUUUAGCAUCCUCGCUCAUGUUGGCCAUGGAGGAUCCUGUCGUUAACAAAAGUAAUCAAGAUAAAGCUGAUACUUUAAAGAAAAUCGACUACUUUUUCACUGCGGUAUUCACGUUAGAGCUAUGCCUCAAACUGAUUACCUAUGGAUUCCUGUUCCACAAAGAUGCAUUCUGCCGUUCAGCUUUCAACGUGCUCGAUUUGCUUGUGGUUGUUGUAUCUCUUGUCUCUUUGAGUGGGUCUGGAUUAUCAUUCAUAAAAAUCCUGAGAGUCUUUCGUGUGUUGAGACCGCUGAGAGCUAUCAAUCGAGCUAAAGGUUUGAAGCACGUAGUUCAGUGCGUGAUCGUUGCGAUUAAAACCAUUGGAAACAUUUUGCUGGUGACAAAUCUACUGCAAUUCAUGUUUGCUGUCAUGGGGGUACAAAUGUUCAAGGGAAAAUUCUCCUCUUGUAAUGACGUUACCAAACUCACAGAAAAAGAAUGCAAGGGUUCUUAUUUGAUAUACAAGAAUGGGGAGCCGACGAUAGAAGACAGGGAGUGGGUCAACAAUAAAUUUAAUUUUGACGACGUCCUCAGCGGGAUGCUGACUUUAUUCACUGUAUCCACUUUUGAAGGAUGGCCAGGAUUGCUGUCCACAUCGAUGGAUUCAAACAAAGAAGACAUGGGUCCUAUAGAAAAUUCCAGACCACUUGUGGCAUUUUUCUAUAUUAGUUAUAUUAUUGUCAUUGCAUUUUUCAUGGUAAACAUAUUCGUUGGUUUUGUCAUAGUAACAUUCCAAAAAGAGGGAGAGCAAGAAUUUAAGGAUUGUGAGUUGGAUAAGAAUCAGAGGAAUUGCAUUGAGUUUGCUUUGAAAGCGAAACCAGUGAGAAGAUACAUUCCCAAACACCGCAUCCAGUACAAGACGUGGUGGUUCGUGACGUCAGAGCGCUUCGAGUUCGUCAUCUUCUUCUUCAUCGUGCUCAACACCGUCACUCUCAUGAUGAAGUUUCACGGCGCUUCUCUCGAAUACAAAAAGGUUUUGGAUUACUUCAAUAUGAUUCUCACUACAGUAUUCAUGUUGGAGUUUGUAUUCAAAUUAGCUGCAUUUAGAUUUAAGAAUUAUUUUGGAGAUGCGUGGAACGUGACAGAUUUCAUUCUCGUAGUGGGGAGCAUUAUUGAUAUAGUGGUCACACAAGUUAAUGAAAACAACCCUGAUCUACCUGUUUUCGAUCCCAAUAAUCCACAAGCGGCACCAAAAGACGAAGGCACCCUUCUAAAAUACGUGACGUUCUUCCGACUGUUCCGAGCUAUGCGACUGAUCAAGCUGCUAUCAAGAGGGGAAAGAAUUAGGACACUACUAUGGACAUUCAUAAAGUCCUUCCAAGCGCUACCUUACGUUGCUUUGUUGAUCGUGUUACUGUUCUUCAUCUAUGCUGUGGUUGGCAUGCAGUUGUUCGGGAAGAUCGAUAAUGAUGAUGACGUAAUAACGAGACACAAUAAUUUUCAAACCUUUGGGAACGCCUUGAUGGUGUUAUUCAGAUCUGCUACAGGUGAAGCAUGGCAAGACAUAAUGAUGGCACUGUCUACUGACACUAGUGAAAGGCCAAACGAACCACCGAAAUGUGUCAAAUCCGAUUUACAGGAAAACCAGGAAGGAGGGGAGGAGAAUUGUGGCAAUUGGCUUGCAUUCCCGUAUUUUAUAUCGUUUUCCCUACUUUGUACAUUCUUGAUCAUCAACUUAUUCGUAGCUGUCAUCAUGGAUAAUUUUGAUUAUUUAACAAGAGAUUGGUCGAUUCUGGGACCUCAUCAUUUGGAUGAAUUUGUAAGGUUAUGGAGCGAAUAUGACCCCGAUGCAAAAGGGAGAAUCAAACAUCUGGACGUUGUGAAUUUACUAAGAAAAAUUAGCCCUCCCUUAGGUUUUGGAAAACUCUGUCCACACCGGACUGCAUGCAAGCGGUUGGUGUCAAUGAACAUGCCUCUAAACUCUGAUGGUACGGUCAACUUCAACGCGACACUGUUCGCUGUGGUGAGAACACAACUGGACAUCAAGACAUCAGGUGUGAUUGACGAGUGCAACACGGAACUGCGGGCGAUCAUCAAGAAAGUCUGGAAACGAACAUCAUCGAAGCUUCUAGAUCAGGUGGUACCACCUCCAGGAGAUCCGAACGAAAUCACAGUGGGCAAAUUCUACGCUACAUUCCUUAUUCAGGAUUACUUUAGAAGGAACCAUGCGUUCAGAAAGCGUAAAGAACAAGCCGCUGCGCAGUCGCAACAAACCAAUCAGAUUAAGACUUUGCAAGCUGGACUCCGGACUUUGCAUGAAGCUGGACCUGAAUUGAAAAGAGCUAUUUCUGGCAAUCUGGAAGAAAUUGUUGCUGAGACUGUUGAACCUAUGCAUAGGCGUAACCAUACACUAUUUGGAGCAGUGUGGACGACAAUAAAGAAACAUGGCCGCGAGAGUUUCUACGGAAAAGACAAGAAAAAUAUACCGCCCACUGUCAAGUUGAAAAUAACUGAAACGCCUGAAGAUAAGACGACGCUGAGCUCCAUGAUGAGAAGAGAGUUGGGUAUGGAUGGAAAGAUUCCAGAGGAAGAAGUAAGAUACGACGAAGCAAACCAAAGCGACGGUGAUGAAGAAAUUGCCAUGCAGCCAUUGUUACACGAGAAGGACUCCGAGAGGAUAUUCAAGGCGAUAGAAAAAACCUCCCACGAUUUAAUGCUGAGUAUGAGAAACAACAAUCGUGACAGGAGACCGAGACAGAACAAGACCGUGCCUUAUUGUGUAGCGAAUCCAGCGGAGAAUCUUAUUACACGAGUACUGAAGGAGCAGGGCCUGGGUAAAUACUGUGACAAGGAGUUCGUACAGAGCACCUCCAGGGAGAUGCAGGAGGCGCUCGACCUCACACAGGAAGAGAUGGACACCGCUGCUAACGAAAUAAUAAUGGAAGAACGAAAAAUUACUGAAGCUCAGAACACAGCCAAUCAAGUGGAAAAUCUCUUCGCGCGGCAAUACCAUCCCUUCCACCAGCCCCCCAUGCAACCCCCUCCCAGAGGCAAAUAGCACAAGUACAUGUAAUUUUUUUGGAUGCAAUUUUUCUAACCUGAAACGGCUGAUCCCGUCUAGGUUUCAGAGCCCUUCGAGGGUGUCUGGGAGAGGAAUUUUAUUGAAGUUUUUGAAAAAUAUUUGUAUAUAGUCAUUCGCUUGGAAGUUUUUCUAUAUAGGCUUUGUUUUAAUCGAUUUACUUAGCAUGGGAGAAAGUGUUUUCAAAUUUUACAUAUUUAAUAACUAUUUCUUUUUUGUUUUUAAAUUUAGUAAUGAAAAAUAAUCUAAUGUUCUUAGGUUUCCAUUUUAUUUCAGCCAGUUUUUUUUAUGAAAUAGAUAUCUAAAAAUAUAUUUUUUUCUAAUUUACAAGCAAAUCGUAAUGUUUUUCUUUUGGAUAUGUGGAUCAAGAUUGUUUUUACAUCUAUCGUCCUUAAUUUUAAUAAAGUUACUUUACUUAUUAUUCUUUUCUAAAGUGCGACCAUACUUUCUCCCAAGCCUAGGUUAUAUUCCAUGGAAUUAUUAUGGAUUGUUAAGUUUGUACCCCAUUUUCCAAUAAUUAACAUUUGCUAUUCAUGUCAUGGAUAACAUCAAACAUAUUGAAGUUAAUUCUCUAAACAGUAAUUUUGGGAUAUGAACAAAAUAUGUAUGUCUGUCUUUAUAAUUCUAAGACCAAAACGGUGGUCAAGUUACAUAAAAAUGUAGAAUUAUUCUAAAUAAAUAAACUGUACAAAAAACCAGUUUUAAACAGUCAAGUUUUUAUAUGUAUAUUCGAUUUUUAAGCAAAGAAAUUAUAUUUAAUAUAUGUAAUUAUAUUUGUACUAUUGUGGCGUUGUGCCUUAUAUUUAUAGAAUGCCAAAUUAAUAAAAAAA